CUGCUGCUUGCGCCCCUCACAUUAAACAGCUCGGCGGUGAGGACGCGUUCAGGCUCCCCCGGUCAUUUCGCGCUGCGCGCUGUGUUCGGCUGCAUGUUCGUCAUCCGUGACGGACGGGAGGGAGCAGCGAUCACCAAGGACCGCUGCGACUGCGAUGAAGAGAAGGACAGUGUCCCCUAGACUGGACUGGUGAAGACCCGCUCCACCCUGUUCCUCUUUCUCUUCGGAUAUUUGGAAAGCGACAGACGGGUAAAGGACCCGGCGGACCAGUGUUUCUGACACAGAGCAGAUUCGACGAUGACGAGGUGAUGGGAGGAGGCGACUGAAGCAAACGGCGGAGUAUCAGUAAUCGUAUAGUGUGUUUUCAUUGAUUGGAUGACGAGAUUAAUCGCGCCAAUGCCAUUGAUUACAUUAAGGCGACGUUUUUCUGCUGAGCAAACACAACUUUUUGAACAGUGCCCUGGCUGCUGCAGUGCACCUCUGGCGCGCAUCGGAGAAUGACGUGCUGCCGCUGAGCACGUUGUCACUUCGACCUGCAGCACCUUCAUUUUGUCACACGGUCUCCAGCUGAUUUAUUGACCGUGCUGUCAUAUCUCCUCCUCUCGAUGACUAGGUGAACACAUCGACACUCCUACAGUUUGCGAUCCUGACAGGAUGGGGGACUCACUCUGCCAUUCCCACCGUGCCACUAGAGCAGUGCUCAGGAGAAGGAGCCUGUUCACUGUUCUGCCUUUUGCUCUACUGUUACCAACGGUGAGAGUCAGUGGACAGUCAAUCGGAGGCCCCCUGGACUGCCGCAAGUCUUGUGUGUGCGCCAGCAACAUCGUCAGUUGUUCCAAGACAAAUCUAUCCAAUGUUCCCAUCGCUCUUCCGAAGUAUACAGCCGUUCUGGACCUCAGCUUCAACUCCAUCACCAGGCUACGUGCCGAGUGGACCCCCGUCAAACUCAGCCGGCUGCACACUCUGGUGCUCAGCAACAACGGCCUCACUUUUCUGUCCUCAGAGGCGUUUGUGUCUGUGACAAAGCUUCAAUACCUGGACCUGUCCUCGAACCGCCUCCGCCUGCUGGACGAGUUCAUCUUCGAGCCGCUGGAGCACCUGGAGGUGCUGCUGCUUUACAGCAACUGCAUCUCCCAGAUCGAUCGCACCGCUUUCUCGGGCCUCAUCAGUCUGCACAAGCUCUACCUGAGCCACAACCUGAUCUCACGCUUUCCCCUGGAGCUGGUGAAGGAGCGGAGCCGGCUGGAAACUCUUAGACUGCUCGACGUUUCCUCAAACCGAAUCAAAUCGCUGCCCCUGCAAGAGCUGCAGUCGCUGCCCGCCUGGAUCAAGAAUGGCCUGUACUUCCACAACAACUCUCUGCCCUGCAGCUGUGAGCUGUAUGAUAUGGUGGCACGCUGGAACCUCAAGGAGCUCAGCUCUGCCACCGACUUCAGGAGCAGCCACACUUGCGUGUUGCCAGGGCAGCAGAAAGAGAAAAUUGCCAUUCUGGAUCUGAGCAAGGUCAAUUUGAACUGCAGUGAGGUCAAAGUUAUGGAGGAGGAAGAAGCCUAUCUAGAGCAGUUCCUGGUGCUGGACUGCGAUGCCAAGCAGAAGGACACGACGAAGAGCUGGGCACUGCCUGGAAACAUCCCGCUGCCUAAAGCAAACACGACUGCUGUAAUGCGUCCUGACGGCAGCCUCCAGAUUGGGCCGCUGAGGGCAGAAGACACAGGGGUCUACACCUGCUAUGCCACAAGUGACUCCCUCAAAGAGACACUGUAUGUAGCUGUAGUGGUGUUUAAUUCCACCAUGAGUGGUGGACUGGAGAACCUAAAAACGGCCUACACCACCCUUGUAGCAUGUCUGGUCAGUAUCGUUAUGAUUCUCAUCUACCUCUAUCUCACACCCUGCCGUUGCGCUUGUUGUCCAGAUCAUGGCCUGGAAAAGACCAACCCCAUGGACAGCCUCCACUCCUCAACUGUCAGCAUCUCUCAAGCCAACAAGGAGACAGGGCAAGAAGGGGUGGAAGGCAGAGGCUUCCCUUACAGACACGUGGGCUUCUCGGAAAUCAAGGACCAGCUGGAGCAGAAUGGGAGGUUGAAUCCAAUAGGUGAGGAAGAUGAGGAGUGGCAGGGGGACAGCAGAGAGAGGAGGAGGUCUGACACAGAGUCGGUCAGUUCUGUGUGCUCGGAUACCCCCAUGGUGGUCUGACACCUUGAUCCAUACGCACGCCCCACAGAGAUUUUGUAUGCUUUGAAUGUCCACAAGUGACCAUCUUCCAAACAAAGUUGUAGCUUUAGUCGGCUCUCACAGUUAUCAGUACAGUGUCAUCCAAAUGUAAAAGUUACCCUAAGCAUUCUGUUAAUGCCUAGAAUUAUGUUGUUAAAAUUGUCAAUGGCCUUAACAUCACUAUAACUAAAGGUUGCAAAAGCAGCAUUUGUGAAUACACAAAAAACUAAACAUAUUUUUUUUUUUAAGGGUACAUUCGAAACGUCUUUAAAAUUCCUGCUUUUGUAAUUUUUCACUAGGCUCAAUUUUACUGCAAAGUAUGGACUGAGCCUGCAAGGAUUCGCUGUGCAGGUUAGAACAAAGGUGAUUGAAAUGUUGUUUGCAUUUUUUGACCGACGUCCCUCAGAAAAGAAUAGCAGCCAUCAGCGCCAAUUACUCAACAGAGACAAACAGCAUGGACACACUUUUGAUGUGAUUACUCAGUUUAGCUUGCUUCUGAAUAUCCCAAGGCUGCACUCUAAAUAAAAGUUAGGCAGCUUUUUUAAUGCACUGGGAAUCCUGGCACUACAAAUAUGAGAUAAAUAGGAUUAUUAAAGAUACUGGACCGAAGCAGCUUGAAAGAGAAACCAAUUCAUAUAAAACUGCGAGUUGUUCGAUAUUUUUUUCUUUAUUUUACAUUCCUGCUUGGUUUGGUCGACACAAUACUGUAAAGAUUACUCUUAUGCAAGAUUUGGGUGUGAUUUAAUGCUCAAGUAAUAAGGUUUUUUGCAAUAACGUAGCUCAAGUUGACGUGUUUUGAAUAUUGCUUUCUACAUUGUAAGCGGGUCAGUUUUGAUUCAACGUAAGAAAACAUAAGUAGACUAAAUGUACUGUCGUGUCAGUCAUUCCUAUUGAUCACAAUGACCACAUACAAACUGUAGGUAUUAGUGAAACCUAUAUUUAAAUGUUAACAUCCGUGUAAACAUAACUAUUGACUUUUAACAGAAAGAUAAGCCAAUUAUACCACUAAUGUCAUCACACGUUACUUUCCAGGCUACACUGCAAAAAUAUUGAACAAAGGAAGAUAUUUGUAUUGAUGAAAUCCAGGUUAUCAGUGCAGUCCAGUGUGUAAAAAUACUUUUUAAUUAAAAAUAAGCUUUUCAGUUUUUCAAAAGAAAGAAUCAAUGAUUAGAGAAAAAGUCAGAAAAAUAAGAACAAUUUUAUUGAUAAUAUUAAUAUAAUAUAAUAUAAUUGUUAUUUUCCACCCCACUAAUCAUCUCACAUGACCCCUUACAUUCAUCUCAGGACCCCUUGUGGGGUCCCGACUCCCAGGUUGGGAACCACUACUUUUUAAAGGGUGAAUUACGUACAAAAAAUUACUAUAAUGACUAUUUUAGGAAUUCCGGUUUGGGCAGGAAAAAUGAAAUCUCCUGUUGUGAUGUAGUUAUAAUUAUCAAUUUUAUGAUCAGAGUGACGUUCAGACUAGCAACAUAAAUGAACACCCUGCCAUCUUGGAUGGUUAAUAGCAGCCAGGAAGCAUUGCCCUGGGGGGGGGGGG